UUUUCUGCUGUGGGGUUUUUUUGCCUGCGCCGCGUCCCCGCCCUGUCCCGUGUCCCCGUCGCGUGUGACGGCGGCCGCGGGGCGGGGGGACCUUUGCCCCAGCGCCAGGGUAUUUACAGCUCUGCGCAGAGCUGCCAGUGCUGACACUGACGCUGACACCGUCCCUGAGCACCGCUGGCCCCGACGCCCUGCAGGUGAAGGCGCCGUCAUGAAGCUCUGGGUUGCGCUGCUGGGAGCCACCCUGCUUGCAGGCUGUGGGGCCGAGCUGGGCCCUGAGGAGCCGCGGGCCGGCUGGGAAGCGGCUGUCGACGCCUUCUGGGAGUACGUGGCCCAGCUGGGGCAUGCGGUGGAGAACGGCACUGUGCGUGUGAAGAGCGCCCAGAUUGGCCGCAAGCUUGACGGCCUCAUCGCGGAGACCAUGGCAGAGCUGGAGGCGCAGGCGGUGGAGCUGCAGGCCCAGCUGGGCCCUGGUGGCGAGGCCAGCGUGGGGCUGCAGCGCGACGUGGAGGAGCUAGGUGGGCGGCUGCGGGCUGAGAUGGCGGAGGCACGGGGCCGGGUGGCGCAGUACGGCGCCGAGGCACAGGCCGUGCUGCAGCAGGGCGCUGAGGACCUGCGUGGCCGCCUGGCCGCCUACACCCGCAAGCUACGCAAGCGCCUGGCCAAGGACACCGAGGAGCUGCGGAGCCGCCUGGCCGCCGCCGCCAGCAAGGUGCAGGCGCGGGUGGCGGAGCGGGCGGCAGCACUGCGCCAGGGGUUGCCGCCGCUGCGGGCGGCCCCUCGGCUGGCAGCGCUGGGGCAGGUGCUUGGCGAGCAGGGCCUCCGGGUGCAGCAGGGGCUGCAGGAGGCGGUGCAGGAGCUGCGGGCCUCGCUGGAUGGUGCCGUGCAGGGGCUGCGGAGCUGGCUGGCUGCGCUGCUGCCCAACGUGCCGCUGCUGCUCGACGGCCCCAAGCCUUGAGCAACCCCGCAUUGUGCGUGAGCUGCCCCCUCCCCUUCACUAAUAAACUGCUUUGGGCAUC